AUGGAACUCCCUGUGCCACAUUUUAUUUACAUAUUACAGGCUGACGGCGAAUAUGACAAAGAGCAACUGAGAAUUCUUCGUAAUGCUUUUAAGGCUUUUGAUCAUGAUGGAGCAGGUUUUAUUGAACAUGCAGAUGUGUCAAGCAUUCUUGAAAUCUUAGGCCAGAAACUAGAACCGCCAGCUGUGAAGGCACUUAUUAAGGAGGUAGACAAAGGAUCAACUGGUAAAUUGGACUUUAGCCAGUUCUGUAAGUUGGCUGCUCGUUUUAUCGAAGUCGAGGAAGACGUAGGAGCACUUCAAAAUGAAUUGAAAGAGGCCUUCCGUGUUUACGAUAAGGAAGGAAAAGGUUAUCUAACAGUUGCCACAUUGCGGAGCAUUCUUCACGAAUUGGACGAUAAAAUCUCUAAUCAAGACUUGGAUAGUAUUAUAGAGGAAAUUGAUGCUGAUGGUUCAGGAACAGUUGAUUUUGAUGAAUUUAUGCAAGUGAUGACAGGUUAAUUGUUGCCAUGAGCUGAAAAUGGCGACGGACGUGGCCGGUCUACGCAAGGCGUAUAGUGAACAUCUUAUUACAUAUCGUUAAUUUCUUAUAUUUGUUUUUAAGAAAUUCUUAAUAAGAAAUUGUUGUUAAAUUAAAUGAUCAAACUUAGAUUAUUAUAGUCUUCUUUUCUAUUUUCCCUAUCUUUCUUAUAUCGUUAAAGCUGUCGCGUUAUCUAUUCAGCUAAACUACUUUUGUAUGCCUAUGCCCAUCUAAAUAUAUUUUAAAGUCAAACUUUCGAAUCGUUAGUCUGAAACUUCAAAUAAAAAAAAAAAAAAAAAAAAAAAAUGAAUUAACACGGCUGAUAUUAUUGUAA